GGGGCUAUAGAAAAAAGACUGCGUGUGAUAGAAUGAGUCAGUGAGGGAGUAUUUGCAAAAAAGGGCAGAAGAGUCUGAUAGUGCAUGAGAGGUUUCCUUUCAGGGCAACUGGAAGCCACAAAAGCAGGUUUUACGAACAGUGUGAAAAGCAGAGGGACCAACGGACAGAAGUCACAGCACCAAACCAAGUCGGCCAAGGAAGUAAAGAAAAAGAAAAUGUACCUGCAUCUUCAGAAGGAGAAAAGACAACUGAAAAAAACUCCGUUACCGGGGCUAAAAGUGUACUGACGAGGGUUUUACAUCUAGCCCAGCGGUACCUUUUGGACCCGAUGAGUCGACAGAAAGUUGAAGUGAAGAGUUCACAAACUCAAGCGAAGCCCAGACAGCACAGUCCUGGACCGGGACGGGUUUUCAAGAGUCGGACGUCGACUUCACUAACACAAGCUCAGAUCAGACCCAGGAGGCGCAGCCAGCAGAAAGGCGGAGCACACCAGCCGGUAGUACAGGGGAGCAGUGGUGAUGUCACCGUGGACUCCGCCACUGUUACAAAUACAUCUGGUUGUUCCAAAAGCGACAGAUCAGAACAAACCUUCAAGAGGGCAGCUACAGGACCUGUAGGCAAGGUGGCAGGUCGUCGUAGCAACCACAGCCUCAUCCCGCCUAUCAGAGUCAAGUCCCUCCGCCUUCUGCGAAACUGCAAGAAGCCGCUGAACCAGACGCCCCCUCCCUCCUCCAUCCUCCCCUCAUCCCUCCGUCCUUGCACCCAUCCUCCAUCCUCCUCCACCCGAUCCUCCAGUCCUCCAUCAUCCAGCGCUCCUCAAAGUGGGGAGCACAACACAGCCAGGACGGCUCUCAUCAAUGAGUUGUCAUCCAGACAUCAGAGCAGCGUCCCGUUCAGGAACGUCAGAGAGUCCAAGCUCAUCUAACACUGAGGAGGGCAGGAGGGCAUGGUGAAUGAAGUGAAGGGUUAAAAUGCACUGAAUGUUUGCAUUAUGUAUGAAACCACAUUGUUUACUGACAUAUCAGGUGAUCUUAACUUAGACGAGUAACCAGAUUUGAGCAUGAAACCUGGUGAACAGAGAAUGUCUUAAUACUGCUUUGUUUUUUGUGUGAGUGUGUGUGUGUG